AUGUCGCAAACAGGCUCUAUACACUUUGCUAGUAUAAAACCGUCAUCAAAGAUUGACGGUAGCGCACUGAAACUUUUGUUGAUCUAUGAUGCUACAAACAAUUCAAUCACCGGACUCGACACUGAAGAACUGAAUCAUCAGUUCCUUACUGAACUCGGUAUAUCAAAUACGAAUACCAUCGUCACGUCAUCUGCAGCUCUCGAAACGGAAACAAUAUUUGCUAACUGGAAACGUCGACAUGGGUUGGACAUUGUUGAUUGGUCUUGGAAGAGUAAGAAUAGACCUACUCACGAGACGGGGAGAGUCCAAUGA